GGCCACGCACUGUUGUAUGCAGAAGCCGCAAAGGCUGCCGGGAAGCAACGGGAGGCGGCGACUGGAUGCCGAGCGGCGACUGCUGCUGCGGGCCCGGCUGGAGGGGCAGGGACAGGCAGAGCCGCUCAGCCUCAGCGCCACGGUCCGCGCCUCGAAACUCUACCGGGCCCGAGUCGCCGCCCCCGCUCCUGUUAUCGCGGCGGGACAGAGCCGCUCGGAGUGAGCAGCCUCAGGGAGCGCCGUACCGGCCACCUCGGAUGUGGAGGUGGCGGCAGUAGCAGGAGGCGGAGCGAGCUCGACUGGGAAGGCCGAGUCUGAGGACGAGAAGCGGGGAGGAGGAGGAGGAACACCUUGACUUUCGCUGUGCCUCGUCUCCCCCGAGGCCUGCGGGAAGGGAAAUUGCACCUACUCUCCUCGCUCGGCUCUCUGGGGAGGGGAAACUCCCGGGAAACUCCUUCGCACCCCCCCCACCCCCACUUUCUAACUUCUUUGCUUCUUCGCCUCUUUUAGUUCUCGUUAUCCGACUUUUGCACCGGGGGAGGGUGUAGGGCUCCCCCUUUCUUUUUUUAAAGGGAGAGAUGGUUGGCACAAUUCUCGGAGCAAUCUCUGUGGUACCUCUUGGCCCCUGAAGCUUGCUUUCCCCACAUCAAGCUCCCGCGACCCCUCUUCCCUGCUUUAACAGGAAUUAUAAAUGCGCGAGAGAAGACCCGGGAAGCUGAAGGAAGGAAAAGAUCCCACGCUGCCUAACAGAAGGAGAAAAAGAGGAGUGCCUCCCAGCAUCUCUGAGAGAAGAGUUUGUUUUUUUAAAGUAAUGCCAUCGUGACCUGAAGUUAGGCUUCUACAGCAUGCACUGUUGAUUAUUGGCCUAGAAGCACUGAAGACAGUUGGCCUUUUUGCACAUGCUUCUCUCAUCCUGGGCUCUUGGAAGACUGGGAUUAGAAAGGAAGAGAAAACUAAAGACUGGUUUGUUUGUUUGUAUGUAUGUAUCCAUUCUUCUACUCUGGAGAACCUGACUAGUUGCUGCUCCUGUUGGGCUAUCUAUGUUUCUCAACUAUAUUAUUUAUCACCUUGUGUGAACUUAAAGUUGGAGGAUUAUUUAAUGAAUGGACAUCUAUUACCAAGCUGGAUGGCUGCUCUGCCGUUUGAAAAGUUAUUGGAAAUCAUCAUUUAAAGUUGCUGAAAAGAGCUGAUAUUGCUAGAAAACGUUAGCCUCUGGCAAAGGCAUUUUAUUUUAUCAAACAAGAUGAUGUGCGAGGUGAUGCCAACAAUCAGUGAAGCAGAGAUUCCCCCUGGGGGAAGUGGAAGUCAUGGCACAGGCUCCCCUCUUCAAUCUGAUGCAGAUUCUCAUUUUGAGCAAUUAAUGGUGUCCAUGUUGGAAGAACGAGACCGCCUCCUGGACACACUGCGAGAGACUCAAGAAACACUAGCAUUAACCCAGGGUAAACUGCACGAAGUUGGUCAUGAAAGGGAUUCUCUUCAACGACAGCUGAAUACUGCACUUCCUCAGGAGUUUGCAGCACUUACUAAAGAGCUUAAUGUAUGUAGAGAACAACUCCUUGAGAGGGAAGAAGAAAUUGCAGAAUUGAAAGCAGAAAGAAACAAUACAAGGCUGCUGUUAGAACAUUUGGAAUGUCUUGUCUCCCGGCAUGAGCGCUCUCUUAGAAUGACUGUAGUAAAGAGACAGGCUCAGUCUCCAGCAGGCGUUUCUAGUGAAGUUGAAGUUCUCAAAGCACUAAAAUCCCUAUUUGAACAUCAUAAAGCCCUUGAUGAAAAGGUAAGGGAAAGAUUACGAGUAGCACUUGAAAGAUGUAGCUUAUUGGAAGAAGAACUAGGUACUACACACAAAGAGUUAAUGAUUUUGAAAGAACAGAGCAAUCAGAAAAGAACACAAGCUGAUGGAAUGCCUGAUAUUAAUCAUGAUCAGGAGAAUACACCUAGUACUAAUGGGAAGAGAUCUUCCAACGGCUCUCUAAGUCAUGAUGAAGACCUUGCUAAAGUUAUAGAACUUCAAGAUAUCAUAGAGAAGCAAACUAAGGAGCAGGCUCAAAUGAAAGAACGUAUCACUGCCCUUUCUAACAGAGUAGCAGAACUGGAAGAAGAUCUUGAUACGGCUAGAAAAGAUUUAAUAAAAUCUGAAGAAAUGAAUACAAAGUUACAAAGAGAUGUACGAGAGGCCAUGGCUCAAAAGGAAGACAUGGAAGAACGAAUCACAACCCUUGAAAAACGCUACCUCGCUGCACAACGUGAAGCUACAUCUGUGCAUGACCUCAAUGAUAAACUUGAAAAUGAAAUUGCGAAUAAAGAUUCUCUGCACCGACAGAGUGAAGAUAAGAAUAGGCAGUUACAAGAACGACUGGAAUUAGCUGAGCAAAAAUUGCAACAGACUCUGAGAAAAGCUGAAACUCUGCCAGAGGUAGAGGCUGAACUGGCCCAGAGAGUUGCAGCACUUACUAAGCCUGACCUUUUGCCUUCUGGGAACUCUGCAGCUAAAGAUGCUAAACUGUUGGAACGUACUUCCAAGCUUAGGAAGGCUGAAGAAAGACAUGGUAACAUUGAAGAACGUUUGAGGCAGAUGGAAGCACAGCUGGAGGAGAAAAAUCAGGAAUUACUAAGGGCUCGACAAAGAGAGAAAAUGAAUGAAGAGCAUAACAAACGAUUAUCUGAUACUGUUGACAAACUUUUGUCUGAAUCCAAUGAAAGACUUCAGCUUCAUCUUAAAGAGAGAAUGGCUGCCCUGGAAGAUAAAAAUGCUCUUCUUCGUGAAGUUGAAACCUCUAAGAAACAAGUUGAGGAGCUUCAAAAUGAAAAGGAUCAGUUAGUAGUAAAUAUUGAAGCAAUGAGAGCUGAAAGUGACCAGAUGAGGAUCAGAGGUCCAUCCCUUCAUCAUAGUCGGCCACAUUUGGGUAGUGUACCAGAUUUUAGAUACCCACUGGCGUCUUCAGCCUUAGCUGACAGUCAAAUGGAUUCCUAUAGUACCUCGGUGUUAAGGCGUCCACAAAAGGGACGUUUGGCAGCUCUGCGAGAUGAACCUUCAAAGGUUCAGACCCUUAAUGAACAAGACUGGGAGCGUGCCCAACAAGCAAGCGUUUUGGCAAACGUUGCACAAGCCUUUGAGAGUGAUGUCGAUAUCUCAGAUGGUGAGGAUGACAGAGAAACUAUAUUCAGCUCAGUUGAUCUAUUGUCACCUAGUGGUCAGGCAGAUGCCCAGACUUUAGCCAUGAUGCUUCAGGAACAAUUGGAUGCUAUCAACAAAGAAAUUAGAUUGAUACAAGAAGAAAAGGAAAACACGGAACAGCGAGCAGAGGAAAUUGAAAGUCGUGUUGGUAGCGGGAGUUUAGAUAACCUUGGUCGAUUUCGGUCAAUGAGCUCUAUUCCGCCUCCUUUUCCGGGUGGCUCUCUUUCUGGCUCUUCUCCACCUGGCAGUGGCCGCUCAACACCACGGCGAAUGCCGCAUAGUCCUGCUCGGGAAGUAGACAGACUAGGCAUCAUGACACUACCUAGUGAUUUAAGGAAACACCGUAGAAAGUCUCCAGUUUCUAGAGAAGAAAUUCGAGAUGACAAGACCACAAUAAAAUGUGAGACCUCACCACCCUCUUCACCUCGAUCUCUGCAUUUGGACAGAGCCUAUAAAGGAGCCUUGCAUACAGUGAGCCAUGAAGAUAUAAGAGAUCUCAGAAAUUCCACAGGUUCUCAAGAUGGACAAAUAAGCAAUCCCAGCAGCAGCAAUAGUAGCCAGGAUUCCCUUCACAAAGCCCCUAAAAAGAAGGGAAUCAAAUCCUCAAUUGGACGUCUGUUUGGUAAAAAGGAAAAGGGUCGACCUGGCCAGAUCAGCAGAGAGAGCUUGGGACAAGUUAAUUUAAUGGAAGCCGAGAGUUCUACUCAGGACAGCUUGGGACUUGGAAAACUGGGAGGACAAGCAGAAAAAAAUAGAAAACUACAGAAAAAGCAUGAAUUGCUUGAGGAAGCUCGGCGGCAAGGUCUACCUUUUGCUCAGUGGGAUGGGCCCACUGUGGUGGUCUGGUUAGAGUUAUGGGUUGGGAUGCCUGCCUGGUACGUAGCUGCUUGCCGUGCAAAUGUGAAAAGUGGUGCUAUUAUGUCAGCCUUAUCUGAUACUGAAAUACAGCGUGAAAUUGGAAUCAGUAAUCCCCUACAUAGGUUAAAGUUGAGACUUGCCAUUCAAGAGAUCAUGUCACUAACAAGUCCCUCUGCUCCUCCUACGUCAAGAACGACCACAGGAAAUGUCUGGGUAACACAUGAAGAAAUGGAAAAUCUUACAUCUACACCACAAACGGAAGAUGAGGAAGGAAGCUGGGCUCAGCAGACAUUAGCCUAUGGUGAUAUGAACCAUGAGUGGAUUGGCAAUGAGUGGCUACCCAGUCUGGGCCUCCCUCAGUAUCGCAGUUAUUUCAUGGAAUGUCUUGUGGAUGCUCGAAUGCUCGACCAUUUAACUAAAAAGGAUCUCCGUGGGCAACUGAAAAUGGUUGACAGUUUUCACAGAAAUAGCUUCCAGUGUGGCAUUAUGUGCCUGCGGAGAUUAAAUUAUGACCGAAAAGAACUGGAAAGAAAAAGAGAAGAAAGUCAGGACGAGGUUAAAGAUGUGCUUGUUUGGAGCAAUGACAGAGUGCUUCACUGGGUGGUGUCAAUUGGUCUUAAAGAAUAUGCAAAUAACCUUAUAGAAAGUGGAGUUCAUGGUGCACUUGUGGCCUUAGAUGAAACUUUUGAUCAUAAUGCAUUAGCUCUUUCUUUACAAAUACCUACUCAGAAUACACAGGCUCGUGCUGUGUUGGAGAGAGAAUUUAACAACCUUAUUGUUAUGGGCACAGACAGGAGGUUUGAUGAAGAUGAUGAUAAAAGCUUUAGACGAGCACCUUCAUGGAGAAAGAAGUUUAGACCAAAGGACAUAAGAGGUUUAGCUGCUGGAUCAGCAGAGACUCUUCCUGCAAAUUUCAGAGUUACCUCCUCAAUGUCUUCACCUUCUAUGCAGCCAAAGAAGAUGCAAAUUGAUGGCAAUGUAUCAGCAACACAAAGAUUGGAUUCUGCUACAGUAAGGACAUAUUCAUGUUAAAGCCUUUCAUGGUUUAUCCCCACUAUUUCUACAGAUGAUCUGAAACAUUUUGAACUCAAAGACCAUAUUUUGGAAACAAGUGAAAUCUUUACUCUGUUAAUACUUGUUAAAUCAACACUUUGAAAUAUUUUAUUACAGAGUUUUUAAUUAGCAGAUGAAUUUGUGAGUACUAUAGAGAAAGUAUUUUAGAUUUUAAAUGUUUCUUAUAUUUAUGUAAGCAUAUGUGUGUCUCCAUUGAUUAACCUUCUGUUAGUAUUCAGUCUAUAAAUCAAAUUAUUGCUGAUUUGUUUAGUCUUUUCAACUGAAUGUACUGUAAUGCUUGUAUGUAUAUGCCCCUAUAAGCAAAAUAGGGUUUUUGUAAAUUAUGCAUUUAUUGUAAUUAUCAGUAAUGGUUUUUAAUAAUAAAAGUGAAAGUGAAAAGGAUUUUACUAUCUUUGUAAAGGUAUCAUGACACCGAGCAGUAUAUAUAUUUUGCCAUUUGGAAAAUGCUAGCUAGCUCUAAAAAUUUAAAUAAACUCAGUUUUUUGUUCAGAGAAGCAUAUGUUUGUUAAUAAAACAGGCAUGGUACCUGAUUCUAUUUCCGUUCAUAACUGUACCUUUCCACAUAUAUGGAUUUUUAAGUCUUUUGGUCAAUAUUACUUACUUUACAUGAAAUUCUAAAAUAUGGGAAUCAUUAGGACACUAUGAAACACGUAUGAGACCUAGUGAGCUCAUUUGUAACUACUUUUUUCAGCUGUGUUUGUACAGUCUAUGUUCAUUGACUGAGCAUAAGCCAUAAGUGGAAAUAUUUUUCUUAACCAAGAAUAGUACUCCUAAUAGUUCUCAGCAGGCAACAAGAAGUGCUCUCUUUCUGUAUCUUGAUGUGAAAAUGUUUGCAGAAGGAUAUUGAUGCAAUUUUUCUAAGCGGACCAAUCAUGCACUGCAGUCUCAUGACAAAGAUGCUGAUGGCACAAUAUGCUGAAGCAUGAAGUAGUGCAACUAUUAAAAAGGCCUUACUUUUCUUAUGUCAUCUCUUUGCAUAUAUUUAUAAACUUGUUUUACAUUCUUGACAAAUGUUUAGUUGUUAAUAGUUUUAGCCAUUUCAGACAGUAUAAGUAGAAAAUGCAUCCAUUUUUAAAUAACAUAUUAAGAUUCCAGCAAUGAAUAAGUUGAGAUCAUGGUGCAUUAUUUAUUAUGCAAUAAUAUAUAUAUAGCACGUCUUUCUGUUUUGGUUUUGGCUCUUUUUAACUGUACAAUUGAAAUUCAUUGUUACUGUUCUGUUUUUUCUAUUAACCUUUUAUGUGUACUUCUGAUUAUGUAACAAAUUAUGUACAGUCUAAGUACUUUUGAACUAUUUUUAUCACAGUAUUAUUUAUUGCUUUCUUUCAAUAAAGUACUGAAGCAUUUUUCCACUGCCAAUAAAAUGCUAUUAUCUUGUGA